UCCCCCUCCAGCCUCCCAGGCCGCGCUCUCCCUCCCGACCCCGCGCUCGCUGCAGCGCUAGCACCGGUUACGGAGCCGGUUUCUAGCUCCGCAGGCUGGGCCGAGGGGCGCAUGGUUAUGGAGGCAGCGGCGCGGAAGCGGCAGCACCCGGGAGCGGCGGGCGGCCCGGGCUCGCAGCUCGGCGCCUCCUUCCUGCAGGCCAGGCACAGCUCCAUCAAGGCUGAGGAGGCUGACCACACGGCUCCCUUCCACCUCGACCUCUGGUUCUACUUUACACUGCAAAACUGGAUUCUAGACUUUGGUCGCCCCAUUGCCAUGCUGGUGUUCCCUCUCCAGUGGUUUCCUCUCAACAAGCCCAGCGUGGGGGACUACUUCCACAUGGCCUACAAUGUGAUCACGCCCUUCCUCUUGCUCAAGCUCAUCGAGCGGUCUCCUCGCACCCUGCCCCGCUCCAUGGUCUACAUCAGCAUCAUCACCUUCAUCAUGGGUGCCAGCAUCCACCUGGUGGGCGACUCUGUCAAUCACCGCCUGCUUUUCAGUGGCUACCAGCACCACCUGUCGGUCCGGGAGAACCCCAUCAUCAAGAAUCUCAAGCCUGAGACGCUGAUCGACUCCUUUGAGCUGCUCUACUACUAUGACGAGUACCUGGGCCAUUGCAUGUGGUACAUCCCCUUCUUCCUCAUCCUCUUCAUGUACUUCAGUGGCUGUUUCACUGCCUCCAAAGCUGGGAACUCCAUGCCAGGGCCUGCCCUGCUCCUGGUGGCACCCAGUGGCCUGUACUACUGGUACCUGGUCACUGAAGGCCAGAUCUUCAUCCUCUUCAUCUUCACCUUCUUUGCCAUGCUGGCCCUCGUCCUGCACCAGAAGCGCAGGUGCCUCUUCCUGGACAGCAACGGCCUCUUCCUCUUCUACUCAUUCACCCUCACCCUCUCACUGGUGGCGCUCUGGGUCGCUUGGCUGUGGAAUGACCCUGUACUCAGGAAGAAGUACCCAGGCGUCAUCUAUGUCCCUGAGCCCUGGGCCUUCUACACCCUCCAUGUCAGCAGUCAGCACUGAAUCCCGGGCAAAAGCCAUGGCUAUGUCACUGGGAGUCAUGGGCCGUGGAGGGUAAUGCAGCAAGGACGCACCGCUUGCCACCUGCUCAUCCUCAGGCCUGUGCUGACCCUGGACGUAGGUCAUGCCAACUUUCUCUAUAUUGUUGAGCAAAGCACCUCUCCCCGCAGGGCCUCAUUUGUGCUAACAGGCCCAUGGUCCCAAAGUGGCUCAGUGCUCUGGAUUUGCUGACCUCUUUAUAGUAGCCUUGUCAUGGGUGGGUGCUUCUAUCCUGUCACCACCCUCUUCCAGCCGGGGAGGGGUAUGUGUACCCCAAAUCCUUAUCUGACCUCAGAGCCACCCUCACCCCAGGGAGCCAGAGGCCCAGCCUGAGCUUUGGGCCUGGCAAUGCAGGCCCACCUGCAGGUCCAGCCCCCACCCCAGGACUGUCACGGCACCGUGGAGUACAGCUGGCUAUGGGUUUUUGAGCUGCCGUGGAAGGAGAUCUGAAACCCUGGCUCUGUUUCCUGAGUCACAUUGUAGGGUCAGGGUUCCUCAUGGCUUUCCACACUCAGCCCUGUCUCAGCCUGAGUCACUGGCCUUCUGCCAGUGGCCCUGCUCCCAGAAAAAGGAGGCCUCCUUCCCAGCAUGGUGAGCCCUGCCUCAGCCCCCUUCCCCCAGGUCCAGGUACCCUCGCAGCACAGAGCACCGCAGCCCCAUUCCCCAUCUCCACUGGCCCAUGUGGACUGUAGUCUCAGGGGUCUGCCCUGCCUCACCCCAGGCCUGAGAUUCCCUUCUCACAUUGGGGCCCAGACCCUGGGCCAAUCCCUGCCUGCUGGCAGCCCUGGGUGAGAAGAGGAUGAAUAGAGGCUGGUGUGGUACCCAGCCUGGCUGGCGGCUAUUUCUGAGGUGUGAAGUGGGGGAGAGGGGGUUCUAGAGUGGGGGAGAGGUUGGCUGGCCUGGGGCCCAGGCUAGAGCCCACGGUUCCUUCUAGCAGCAGUCCUGGGCUAUUCAGCCUGGUUUGGUCACUGCCCACUGUUUCUGUACACCACUUGGUAGGCUCCUGUGGGUGAGGGGCAAGAAGAGCCUCUUCAUCCUGACCAGUCCAGCUCUUUUAGGAGGAAUUGGAUGGGGCAUUUCCUAACCUGCCCCUCUGGGAUGGCCCACUGGGCCUCCCAGCUGUGCUGCCUUUUGGGAGAUGAAGGGAGGCUGGCUUGCUGGAGGUGUCCCUUAGCCAUGGGUAAGUCAUUUGACCUCUACAGGCCUCAGCCCUUAAUAUUCAAAGGUCUCAACCUCCCACACAGCCACCGUGGGCUGAUGUCAGACAGCACUGCAAAGGCCCACCAGGCAGGAGACGACUCCAUCCAUGUGUCCUGUGUCCCCACCUGUCCAGCACACUCCUUUGCUUCCUUCCCCACCUCGAGGAUGCUGGACUUCAUGGACCUCUCGUAAGCAGAGGCAGGCCUCUUGGUGGGGUCCGUGUAAUCUUAUUCAAAUUGGGGAGCCACUGCUAAGGAAAAAGAAAAGCAUGAAAGUGGAUGUUCAGAAAGGGAAAGCAAUAAAUCACU